CUCGGCGCCGGCGGAGGAAGGAGCUCGACGACCAGCCUCCGCGCGCCGCGUCUUCGGGCUUGAUAAGCGUCGGACUGAAGCCCCAGAGAUCGACUGCGAGAACCAACGGCAGCGGUCUAAAACAAGACAGAAGUAUUUUUAAGGAUUGCGUAGGUGAUACAUGUAUGUGAUGAAUUUUAGACUUUGCUAAAGAGAACUUAUUUUGGUGAAAGAGUUUCCCUCCCGGAAGUUUAUCUCUGUGUAUGUAUAUAUUAGUCAAAGGGACCAAUACUCCUCGAAGCAGCGGUUGACUCCGGCGCAAGGAAAUAAUGCCGGGAUAAGCACGGGCGCCGCCAGCCGAGAAGAUGUGGUACCCGAGCCGGUGUCCGGAGUGCGACACCAUCGAGAGCCACAACCUGAGGAACACCACGUGGGUCACCAACGAGAUGGGCUCCUUCCCCGUCAUCCACGGCUUCUUGCCCCUCUCGAGCGGCGGCGGCGAGAAGGGCGGUUACCCGAUGCCCCACAUGGGCGGCCUCCGGAGGUCAGCCACCUGUGGCAUCGUCACCAGCAGCCACUUCUAUCCGAGCAAGGGCGUCGACGAGGAUGAGCUGCCCGCGCCGCCGCAGCUGAUCAACGGGCGCCUUACCAUCUGCGACGGGAAGGUGAAUCCCGCCGACGACGACGACGACGACAUCGCCAAGGCCAAGCUGAGCUUCCACGACGGGACGUCCCGCAGCGUGAAAGGGAGCAAGGAGGCGCCCGACGACCUCUUUCAGGAGGGCUUCAAGAAGUCACGUGACUACAGCGACGAUUCCCUCACGCCCGACAGCACGCUCCCCGCCGUCAUCCGCCGAAGGAACAGAAACCGCCGCAAAAAGCUGGCUACGUCGCUGGUGGAGCCGAGCCCCGGGGGCGUCGGCUGGGAGUCGGAGGCGCCCAAGCCCAUGCCCCGCAACCGCUCUCAGAGCAUCUCCGACGACCAGUGGGCACAGGUGAUGGCCUCUCAGGGCGGGGACGGCACCGGGGGUCCCUCUGGCCCCAGCUGUCCCCCUGGCCACACCCCUGCAGACAUGUCGGCCUUCGUAGGUGCCACCACCAGGCGGGGCUACAACACAAUGGGCGGCCGCGGCAGCUCCUUCGGGCGCGGCAUGGUAUCCUCAGCCUCUGUGUGUGACCUGAACUCCCUCGCUCAGCAGCAGCCCCCGCACGGCUUUAAUGGCACUCAUCCGGCUAGCAGCUUCCAGCAGCUUAACAUGAUGGGCUACCCCGGAGGAAUGCCCAUGUGGGGCGCGCCGUGUGACCUGUGCACGCCAGCGCACAUGCUCGCGAGCCAAGCCAAUGCCUCCGGCAUGAAGCGCACAGCGUCCAACCUGUCCAUGAACCUCUCCUCCGUUGGCAGCGACGUGACCGGGUACCCGUGGGGGCCGCCGCCUCCCCACGUGCACCACCACAUGCCGCCCAUGUUCCCGGGCUACUACCCUGGCUACCACCCGCACAUGGGCCCGCCUGCGAUGGGCUCCCUAAACAUGUCCAUCCCGGACUCCAUGAACACCUUCGGUAAGGUCCCCUCCUCCCCAGCCCCCUCCCUGCGCUCCUCCUCGCACCGCUCGCACAAGUCCUCCAAGUCGCGCUCCUUCAGCGGAGCCGACGUCAGCGGCCGACGCAGCCGCAACAGGAGGAAGCAGCGGUCGGAGGAAAGCGAAGAGAGCCGAUCCUCGUCGGUGAGCGACGACGACGACGACGACGGCAGGAAUAACAAGGUGGGCAGCAGCUUGGCAUGGCAGUGCGACCACUGCACUUUCAUCAAUUCUGGAGGAGUGAGGACCUGUGGCAUGUGCUCGAAGACCAUGGGCAGCGGCGGCGGUGGAAGCGGCCGCAGCAGCCGGCGAGGGAGCGAGCGACAUCGUUCCGACCGGAGGAGAGACCGACGAACCGACCACGAAGAUGACGACCGAGACGUGUCUGAUUACGACAACGACGGCGGGGUGGUGAAGAGUAAUUUAUCUUUCAACAUCAAGGACAACAGACGAGAGUCUCGCACGAAGGUUUCGAGCUCGAACAAGAGCAAGAGUAAGAAGAAAUCCCGUCGGCGAGGCAGCUCGGCGUCAGCGUCGGAGUCGGCGAGCGACGGCGAGGAGGAGCGGCUGGAGCGACACAUGCGGGAUCUGCGGGUCUCGUCGUCCUCCCGCAGGCGAGGCAGCGACUACGAGAGCGUCAGCAAUAAGGACAGAGACAGAGACAGGGACAGAGACAAAGGCUCACGCAAGAGAGAAGGAGGCAGCAGCCGCUUCAAAAACCGAGGGAAGAGCCACUCGGAGCGGUCCAGGACUCCGGGCCGACAGACGCCGAGGAGGGGGAGCCCCGUGGAGGCCGCGGGCUCCCGCGGAGGGAGCCGCGAGCGCAGCCGCAGCGCAGCCGCGAGCGCAGCCCCGCCGAGGACUCGCGCUCCUCGCACCGCAGCCCCUCGGAGGACCGGGGCGACCGCAACAGCUCCCACGAGGACACGGUCGUCAACACGGUGGCGUCCGAAGUCACGGCCAAGAGCGAGCAUAAGUCUAAGUCGGACAGCAGCAAACGCAGUAGAUCCAGAGCCAGGAGUCAAGCUGAAGAAGUGCCAGACGAGGUCCAGGUUCAGGUGGAGCCCGCCCCUGUGGAGCAGGAACCAUUAGAAGCGAAGUCCAGAACGCCGAGCCCGAGGCUGCAGGCGCGGAACAGCAAAUCUCCCGCUCCGUCUCAGCGGGACGGCGACGAGCACAGCUUCGCCAACACGCUCGACGAGAUCACAACGAUGGGGACGAACGAGGUAGCCGACCAGGACCUAAGCAGCCACUACAUCGAUGAACGCAUAAACAUGCAACCGGUUGAGGCGCACGACGAAAUCCCUGAGGUCAUUUUCGUUCGUCCGAAAACACCAGAGGAGGAGGCAGUAGUGGACAGAGCGACAGCCGCUGCAGAUCAGCUGAUGGCCGUAAAUGGAGAAGCCAACGUUGCCGAAGUUCAGCCUGCUGCUCCUGAGCCUGUGGAAAAGCCGGUGAGCCGAAUCCUUCCCUCGGAGCCGGUAUACGAACCGCGCUAUGAGCCGAUCGAGGAGCCCCCGGUGAACGAGCCCCCUGUCGCCGCUGCAGAGCCGGACAGCGAGCAGCCCGACUACCAGACCGCCACGAUGGGCAUGUCGGCGGGAGACAAGGAGGCGCUGGGCGACAGGGACGACGAGCAGGGCGGCGACGACACCCUAGUCGAGGCGACGAGGCCGAUGGCCGUGGCCGACAUCCGAGGCGGGGAAGGGCUGCGCUCGGGGUCCUCGGGCUCCUCCCUGGGGAUCAACAACACGCCCCCGGACAGGCAGUACACGCCCCUCAGUUUCUCGUCCUCGGAUGCUCAGUUCUAUUCCCCGCCGGACUCGCCUGACAUUUCGCUCAGCGAGCAGCUCCAGGACAAGCCCCUCCCCAGCAACACACAGGUGAACACCGAGCAGUUAUCCUUACUCUUAGCCUCCCACUUGUCCUCACAGGGGACGAGUGAGGGCGGGAGAGGGCCAAGAGGAACGACAGAAAAUGAUCUAUCCACUCCAACCCACACACAGGGACUCUGGGAGGAAAUACCGUUGAUGAUUAACCGCUGGUUCGCUUAACGUGGUAGACUAAUGGGUGCAGGGACACUAUAUUUACCAAUACCAAACUCAAACAUUAUUCAUUCAGUAGUACAGUUGUCUAUUAACAUAAUAACAGACAUUUUCCACUAACAAAGACACCAGAGGGUUUGCAAGGAACACGGAAACGCUGACACAAACCCCAAAUGUCACAGUGGGAAAGGCAAAAAAAAAGUCUACCAUUGGUAAGUCUGACUUCUGGAAGAAUUACUGAUAAUAGUACAGAACAAAUGAGUACAAACUAACGGAUUACAACAUUAACCCAUACCCAAGGAUUUCUGCAUUCAACGUACGCAGGUAUUUACGGAGCGGAAAUAAUGAACAUGAGAGAAGAGAGACAUUUGGCAAAUAUUUCAGUAAGACGUCAGUUACAUAUCUUUCGUUGACAAGAGAGUUACGUGCUCUAUAUUUAACGAGUGUAUUUCUAGGUUGCUUAUCUUAGCACCGACCCAUCGGUUCUGUUGGAAGGGUGGGUAAAGUAGUACAAAUUUAGAAUUCAGAACAUGGAAUAGGAUGCGUUGUGUGUUUGUGCGUAUGGAUGGAUGUUAAUGAAGAUAGGAUAUUUGUAGUCUGAAGUUUAUUUUCUUUUUCGUUGCAAAAUUAUUUUUCUCGCCUCUAUAUCUUUGGUUUAUCUAUGGCUUAAUCAAUAAAUUUAUCCGGUAUCCCUCUGA